GCAGCCAGGUUCCGGUGACUCCGUGAGUGUGCUGUUUUCAAACAUGGAGAGGUUACUUUUUUGAAAUAAUAUGUGGGAAAUAGGCAGCCGGGGUGUUGUCGGUUUGAUAAGUGUGCUUGUUGGGUUAGUGAUCCUUUACAACGCCUGGGGACUGAUCCUCGUCCUCGCAAUUCUUCUCUUCCUCGUAGUGAACACGUGCUACUCCCUCCUCAUCAACGACAGCCUUGUCUCGCCACACAACUUAUUAGCCUUCGAAUACGCCAAGGCAGUCGCUUCGGAGUUGAACCUCAUCCUCGAGCGCGUCAUCCUCCUCAUCUCCAGGUACAUCCGGGACCUCGCGGACGCCGCGAAACGACACUACCAUCAACGCCAGAUCUCCAAUAGCAAUAUGCAUCGACCUCGCAGAAGCUCUUACCAUCUCAGCAGUGAUUCAUUUGGCGUGAAUGCCAGGGAAAGGAAUUCAAACGUUAAUCAGUUGAGUCCGAUUCCGAGGCGAAAUUUCCAGCAGGUCGACGAGUGGAACGAAUGUAACCGAUUAGUGGAAGGUGGUGAAUCUGUGAUCAAGCAUACUUCUACUCCGCUGCUUUCUUGGAAGAAGGAAAAUGUGAUGAACGGUGAACUAGGAGAGCCUCAACAGGAUUUACUUCAACGUUCCCAGACCAAGAUUUCUCCGUUACAGGGACAAAAUCACACUUUGUCUCGGGGAGAAGAGACUAUGUUCAGUCCUGAAGGGUCACCCUGGGGGACGAGCAUCAGUCCGAAGAUGCGUGCAAAAGCUGCUGGUGUUAAGACAGUUCAGACUGUUGCUGGACCACUUUUAGCAUCCACGAGAUACAACAUCGAUACUAAAGUCUAUUCAGACGCCACAUCGCCGGGUUUAACAACACGAUUGUCAAAAUACGCUUCCGAAAUCGGCAACAAAUUACUACACCAAUCCCAAUACGGAAUGGGACAUUUCCCAAAAGUGAAUCUCAACGCGAGCCCAACUCCCUUGAUAAAUACGAAAGCAGCCAAAAUGAGGAUGCCAGUAACAGUUCGAAUUGCCCAGCCCGACGCGAUGAGAUACUCUUCUUCAGAGAGGCACAAAAUGUUGAAUAUGGUGUGUCAUCCUGAAAAUAAAUCGCCCAAUGUCGUCCAGGCAUUGCGAGAAAUAUCCCUGAAACGACACGCAUCGAGGGAAGAUGUCACCUCCGAAUUGGUCAAGAAACAACGAACUGACGGCAUCUUUAGCGAAGAAUUGGAAACCUUGGAAGAAAUGACGCAGAAACGAGCCAGAGAUGAGUCCUCGAAAUCCGACGAGGAAGCUUCUCCUUCGCACCUAUCUUCCAGGCCUUUAAAGAGAUCGAAAGGCCAAUCGUGCAAUGAUAUUUUGAACUCUCUCAGUUCUAGCAUGCACGUGCUCUCUGGUGUUAAAAGAAAAGCUACCGAUAUUUCGCGUAGCAGCACACCAGAUUUCGAAAAGCAUUUCAAAUCUUUGGACAAGUCCCAGGAUGAUUGCUUUUCCACUUUAAUCGAGCCGAACGAAACGCCUAAAUCGACACAGCGUUUCGCAACCGAUCCCUUGCCGAUUAUUAAUGUUCCAAUUAAUCCUGAUCAGAAAGCCAAACCCUCAAGAAAAACUUCACCCAAAGGGAAUUUUAACAUGAUAGUGGAAGAUCAGUCUCCUGGAAACGAGAAGAAAUCUACAGAUCAUUUGGAAAUGAAAAGACCAGAGGUUUUGCAGAAAGCGAAGACUCCUAGCAGUCCGGUGAAGCUCGCUGAUAAGCUAUUCAUGCGAGCAGAACCCCAGAAUAACGAGAAAUUACGGACUUUGAUUGCAGAACAAGCCAAUGUCAAAGACAAGUUCUCGAUGGUUGACAAGGAUGAGAUUAAGAAGAAGGACAUUGUCAAUAUGAGACAAACGAGUAUGAAAGCGAGACUCCAGAGUAUGUUCGAUGCCAUCUCUGGAAAAGGAGCUAGCAAAAUCAAUCCAGAUGUUGUUAUUCAUGCCGAGGAGAUUAAGGACCCAGCUUCAAGUGAAGCUUCAGCAGUUCUUCUCACAACUUUGAGCUCUUCAACCACAACGACUAAUGUAAAUACAUCUCCGAUCACGUCGCCAGUCGUGCCAAUCUUGAAAACCACCUCGAACAAGAAAACGCCAACAAAACACGUCACAUUCAGUAUCGCAAGUGGAGCGCCAACAUCCACCAUUACUUCUUCUAUCUCGCCCAUUGAGCACAUUUCAUCCAAAAGCGAAGAUUCCACCAAAACUUCAGCUUCUGCUACUUUCUCUAUUAGCUCCGCUUCAACUGGCAACACAACCGCUCCCACCUUUUCCUUUGGAUCGGCGAGCACCGCACCAACUUCCACGAUUCAAGGACCUUUCAAUAUUUCCACGAGCGUUGCUCCAUCAGCAAAUCAAGUGCCAAUUGCUUCUAGUAAUUCCGCAUCAAAAACAUCAGCGAUAUCUUCAAUUCCCACGAGCACCUUCACUAGUAUUAAUGCUCCCAGGAAUUUAAAUACUACACAGAUUUUAAGCUCUCCGAGUGUCGUCACGCCGAAUUUAAAUACGACACAAAUUUUAAGCUCUCCGAGUGUCAUCAAACAGAAUUUAAAUACUACACAGAUUUUAAGUUCUCCGAGUGUCACCACGUCGAGUUUGAAUACUACGAAGACUUUGAACACUUCUCAGAGUUUCAACAAUUCGCAGAGUUUCAGCACUUCUCAAAAUUUUAAUACAACACAGUCUUCCGGAUUCGCAUUUGGAGCUAUUGCAAAAUCUCCAACGUCGACGUCAUUGCCAAGCUUUGGUCAGGCUCCAGCUGUUAAUAAGACAAUUUCCUCGACACCAGCUGCUUCUCUUCCAAGUGCAACAUUCGCGACUCCUGGUUUCAAUCUUACAACAAGCGCGCCAGCAUCAGCCCCGACCUUCUCCUUUGGAACAAGCAAUCCAAUUUCCCAGCCAGCUGUCGAACAAACGCCAAAAACUCAAGCUUCGUCCUUUGGUUCAUCGUCGAGCUUCUCCUUCCCUGGAAAUGCUGUCCCGAUUUCCAGUAGUUCAAAACUCACCGAGACAAGUUCCUCGGGAUUCAAGACUUCCACGACACCCUCUUUCUCAUUUGGAAGUGCGCCUGCCACUACAAAAAGCUUCUCUUUCGGCGCAUUAGCAACAACAACUACGCCGAUCUUUGGUGCCAGUAACUCAACCCCAACAUUUGGAGCUGCGACAAAUCCAACACCAAGUUCGACAGCCAAUCCAGUAUCUAAUCUUCCAACAACUUCUCCAUCUGCAUUCGGAGCUCCUGCGAAUACAGCUCCAAAUUUUGCAAGUUCAGUGCCAAGUUCAGCCUCUUCCAGUUUCGGCGCGACGAGCAAUUCUAGUCUGAAUUUUGGAGGAGCUACGAGUACAGGUGUCAAGUCGUUUGGAACGCCUGCAACACCCUCGAUGUUUGGCGCGUCUGUGACUGUCACGACUUCCUCUGUCUUUGGCGCGGCAAAUUCUCAGCCGAUUUUUGGAAACGCGUCUUCAGGAACAGGGAGUGCUUUUGGAUCACCGAAAACUACGGCCUCGAUUUUUGGCUCGGCUUCUAGUACUCCAAGUUUCGGCACAGCUCAGAGUUCACCGAGUUUAUUCGGCAAUACGACUUCGACGACCUCAACCCUGCCCACCUUUGGAACUCCCGUGACGACUUCAAGUAUGUUCCAGGGCAAUUCGAGUAUAAAUUCCCCGCCGCCAGCCUACGGUGCGUCGACUAAUUCGUCUGGUUUAUUCAGCGGAGCUAAUGCCAUUUCCACGACAUCGUCAAACUCGACAAUUGGAGGAAGUUCUAGCGUAUUCACUCAAGCGAAAUCGCCCCCAGCUUUUGGAUCAAAUUCCUCCAGUUUUGGAAACACGGGAACUUCCGUUUUCGGUGCAGCUUCCACAAAUUCAACUGGAUUUAAUGCGACGAAUACACCAGCAAAUCCACCGCCGGCUUACGGUUCGCAGAAUACAGCAACGCCGAUAUUUGGAGUGCAAAAUUCGGGAACGGCAGCUGCAGGUGGCCAGAAUUCUGGCUUUGGAUUUGGAAGCGCAACCUCAAAUGCGCCAUCUUUCGGCUCAACUUCAACGACAACUAGUGGGUUUGGAUCGGCGACGAAUAACAGUUUUCCGGCUCAGAAUAAUAGUGGGCUCGGUUUUGGAACGGGGAAUAAUAAUCCGCCGUCUUUUGGCAGCAGCACGACGACGACAACGCCUUUUGGCGCGCAGGGUGGUAGCAAUGUUUUUGGAAAUUCGGGCAGUUCUGCUCCUCCGCCGCCGCCAGCUUAUGGAGCUGCUACUGCUAAUAGUAGUAGUGGUGGUGGUGGUGGUGGUGGUGGAAAUAAUAAUGCGAAUGCGAGUGGAGCGUUUUCAUUUGGAGCGGGAGCUGGAGGAAAUCAACAGGCGCAACCAGCACCGACCUUUUCAUUUGGUGGUGCGAGCACUAAUAAUAAUAAUAAUAAUAAUAAUAAUGCCAGUAAUAAUAAGGCCGCGGCGCAACCGUUCCAGUUUGGAUCAGCAGCUUCUACAAAACCUGCGACGGGUGGUUUCAACUUUAAUGCACCCUCAGCGACGCCAAAUAUUAAUUUUGGUGGAGCAGCACCAUCAGCUUUUAAUGCACCUGCACCAGGAGCGAAUAAUUUUGCAGCUCCCACUGGAGGAAUGUUUAGCAUCGGAACUGGGUCCACUGCACCGAGAUCGAGAACUACACGUCCCAGAAGACAAAGAUGAUGGAGAAUAUAAGGGCUUUCAAAAGCUAAAGUAGCAAACGCAAAAUGGCAUUAAGUUGUAGAGAAAAAAAAGAGUGUUUGAAACGGAUGUGAAACAUCGAAGAAAUAUUGCGGAAAAAAACAAAAAACUUUCUUCUUCGAUGCAGUGAAAACGUAUAAGCACUCGAUUUUCCAUUGUGGAUUGAAUAGUUUUCACUGCUGAUUUGGAAAUCGGUGAUUGCUUAUUUUUAAAUUACAUAACGUAACAAAAAUGUAAAUAUGUGCAAGUAUUUAGUGAAUGAAUCUUACCGCGAAUAAAUCGUUUGUGUAAAGCAAUAGAAUAGACUGUACAGUUACAAUUAGCUUAAAAAAAUCGCCUGUUUCAUUCUAAAAAAGAAAAAAAUGCUGCGUUUUAGAUUUACGAAGAAGAAAGGGUACCUAUAAGUGAUGCGGUUUAGUUUGUAAGAUGAAUUUAUAUAAGUAAUUUCGAGACUACUUGGGAAAGAUGCGUACUCGAAUUGUGUUUGCCAGUUUAGUGCGUGUAUGAUUUAUAUCAUAAUAGAGAGAGAGAGAGAGAGAGAAAUGGAUAUACGUAAGGAAAACUCUUUAGUUUUUGAAACCUGUAUGAUAUUAGGAUUAUGAAAUUUUGCGAUUUAACUGAACUUAAGUUUCGUCAAUACAUAUGGAAAAUA